CACCGAUCUUGCACGUGAAGACCCAAAAAAGAGGGUUUCCCUCGAUUUCUCAAGACAAGAUGCAGCCAAGAUAGCUACGCUAGCAUUCUCACCUCCGCCCCACUGCCGUCGUCGGCUGGAGUGGCCCUAGACCUCGGCCCAGGCCUCUCAACGCGGAUCACGCUAUCACGUUCACAUUCUCUUUCAACCACCACCUCCCCCUUCGCUGUUUCCUCGCUCUCCUCCCUCCAAAUGACCCUCAAUGCCUUCCGCAGACUUCGCCGCCGCUCAAGAACGCAUAGCUGCCCGCCGCGCUCAACGCGCGCGCGCGAACCAUGACGCCUCCACAUCUGCGCGCAGCUCCGCAAGCUCGGUAUCCCGCCUACCCUUCCCCUUCAACACACUCGGCACCACGGGCCUAUCUGCAUGGAACGCGAUAAGAGGCCGCGAAGGCACCCGACCGGAGUUCCGCGUGGGCCAGGUAGACGCGGAAUUGCUGGAUGAAGAGCUGUUGGAGUUGUUGAAAGGGCAGGUUUCGGAAGGACUGAAGUACUUUGGGUCGCAUAUCACGGACACAUACACGCCGGAGAUUCUGUUAGGCCUGAGACUGGUGUUGUUCAAGCUGAGCAUAUGGAACAACAAUGCGAGUUACGGCGCGCAUCUACAGGGGCUGCGGUACACAGAUGCGAGAAGCAGUGCGCCGGAUCGGCCGCUGCCCAAGAAGUGGCAGAAGGCUGCCUAUGGGCUGAUAACAGUUGGGGGACGUUACGCGUGGACGAAGUGGGAAGAGUAUCUCCUCUCGACCUCGGAAGACUAUACCAGGCCGCAGUCGGAGACGCUGCGACUUGCCUCGCGGAUAACCGAGUACAUAAACUCAGCACACGACGUCGCAUCCCUGGCCUCUUUCCUCGUCUUCCUCGUAAACGGCCGAUAUAGAACAUUGACAGACCGUCUCCUGCGCCUGCGUCUCGCGCCGACAUCGCACUCUGCCAGCAGGGAGGUAUCCUUCGAGUACCUCAACCGCCAGCUCGUCUGGCACGCCUUCACCGAAUUCCUACUCUUCCUCCUCCCCCUUGUUGGCAUCUCCCGCUGGCGCCGCAUCCUCUCCCGCACAUGGCGCAAACUCCGCACCUCCAUUCUAUCCCUCCUCGGCAGAGCACCCUCCUCCACCGACGAGGAUGACGACUCGAAGACCGCAGGCGAGCUCGGCUUCCUCCCCGAACGCACCUGCGCCAUCUGCUACCGCGACCAGAAUCCCACCACUGCGACUGAACAAGACAUCAUCUCACAGUCUGCUGGCGGUGGCGGCGUGGUUGGCUCCGCGGCCACGGAUAUCACGAACCCGUACGAGGCGGUGCCGUGUGGGUGUAUCUACUGCUUCGCCUGCCUCGCGCAGAGGAUCGCAAACGAAGAGGGCGAGGGAUGGACAUGCCUCCGCUGUGGCGAGCUCGUGAAGGAGUGUCGCCCCUGGAACGGUGACGUUAUCGAAGAACGACGCACCUCCCACUCCCAGGCUUCGCACGCAGCAGGCAACGGGAAGAGCGUGGGCUUCGCAACAACGCAGGGCGAGGACGACCACGAACAGCAUGUACGUGCGCAAAAAGAGGCGUUGCGCGAAGUAGAACCGAUCCCCGAGCAGGACAUCACUGGCUCUACCGCGAGCGAGGAGGGCAGAAUGGGCCUUGAGUCUACGCGCGGGCUUGACCUCGGCGAGAGUCUUGAUGAGAGUGCGGAGUGGGCGCGAGCGAGCGAGGACCGGAGCAGCGACGAGCAGAGCGAGGAGUAUGACGAGGAUGAAGAGGAAGAGGGCGAGGAACUGGACUAUGAGGGGAAUUAGAUUAGCACUGUUUGUUGUAGACAUCGGCUUUUCUAGCCUACGCUGCGCAAGUGUUGCGCUUGCUGAAUGAAUCUUCUUUGUACAUGCUUCAGUCAGCCAGCGUCUUGUGCGAUUUCGCCGGUGACAGCUCGGAA